AUGCCAGAAGAGGAUCCUCAAGUAGCAACCAAGGCGCCCGAGAGCGACGCUCUAGAGCAAGAUGAUGGUCCUAUCAUCCCCGGAGACACCCCAGCACAAACUGGACCUACCAUGGGCGAGCACUGCACAACAGAUAGACCGACCCCCGAGGGCGAGAAGCCUCAAGGCGAGACCCGUAAGCUCGGCGGCAUCGACGUCUAUAUAACCAAGCCGAGCUCUUACCCCUCCUCACCGGCGAAACUCCUCCUCCAUCUGACCGGCGGCACCGGUCUCAAAUCGACGAACAACCAGAUCCAGUCCGAUCGAUUUGCCUCCGAGGGUUACAUUGUUGUCAUGCCAGAUCUCUUCAAUGGGGAGCCGGCACCAAACUCGUCGACUUUCCAGGAGGCAGACUCAGAGUCUACAGGAUCCUGGCUCGACACGGCCAAGCUGAAGCUUGCCGAGACGGCAAAGAGCUUCAUGAUAGACAUGUGGCUGGCCAAACAUACAGAAGAGAAAGUCCUACCCAUUCUGGAGAAGGUCAUCGAAGCAGCCAAGGGUGAGUUCGCAGACGCUGUUGCAGCAGGAGACGGUAUCUAUGCCGUAGGAUAUUGCUUUGGCGCACGGUAUGUCCUGCUGCUCGCGGCAGAGCGGCAGCCGGUACAAUCAGGUUGGAGUGGUGCACAAAAGCCUGAAGAUACAGAGGCCGGGAAGAGCACCAAGGGCCCAUAUAUCAGAGCUGGUGCGCUGGCACACGCCACACUGGUUAGCACAGAUGACUUCAGUGGUAUCAAGUCGCCGCUCAGUUUGGUCUGCGUUGAAAAUGACCCCAUGUUCCCUGAUGAGGUGAGAAAGGUUGGCGAGGACACACUAGGCAAAGAGGGCGUGGAGCACGAAGUGCAAGUAUACCCUGGCGUCCCUCAUGGUUUCGCAGUUGUUGGUGACUAUGCAGAUGCGCACAUCAAGGACGCGCAGGCAACAGCUUACGAGCAGAUGUUGAAAUGGAUCAAGGAGCAUUAG